AUGAAAACUAUCUGCUUCGAUUUACAGCAGUGUCUGCCAACACCAGUCAUACAAAGUGGAGAAGCAUUUUAUAACCGUGACCUGUGGACUUACAAUCUCACAGUUCAUGACUGUGAUGAUUCUCAAGCGUUUUGUUACCGGUGGUUUGAAUCGCUGGCGAAGAGGGGUGGUAAUGAGAUAGGUUCAUGCCUUAUUCACUACUUAACAAAGAAUCUCAAUACUUCAGUUUCUCACAUCGUGAUGUACUCUGAUUCAUGUGGUGGCCAGAAUAAGAACAGAUAUAUUUCUGCUGCUUGUCUAAUUGCUUUGGAAAAUUGUCUAAAUUUGGCUAUCAUUGACCAUAAGUUUUUGUUACCUGGCCGUACACAUAUUAUGGAAGCUGACACAGAACAGAGCCUAAUUGAGAAGAGAAAGAGAAAAACCGUUUUGAAAAUUGAACAUCCUCAUGACUUAGCUCAACUCAUACGCCUAGUAGGUAAGAAGAAUCCUUUUAUGGUACAAUGGAACAAUCACAAUUUUUAAAUGUUGCUUGAUUAUAUUCCAAAUCAUUAGUAAACAGAAUACCAUAGGCGGCAAAUUUAACUGGAGAGAAGUGAGAUGGAUGCGGUACGUAAAAGGUCAUAGAACUUUGCUAUACAAAUCACUCUAAGGGAAACUGAGGAUCUUAAGAGUCUUAACCUAAAAAAAAGGUACGUUCAAAGCAAGAAGUUAUGCUGAAUCCAGAAACCAUAUACAACAAACCUGUGCCAAUAUUCGUAGAAAAGAAACAACAUCUGAUCGUCCUACUUCCUUAUAUUUCAAGACAUUGGGAUUUUUCUAAAAAUUUAAAGACUGUUAGCGCUCAAAUUGAUGUCUUUCCAGACGCUUCCUCAGAUGAAGAAUAUUUGGUGUAAUAUAUUUUUGUCUAUUUGUAAGCCUUUUGUGAAUGAAAUAUAUUUAAGCAGGUUUCCUUCACGUUCUGGAUAGUGCAGAAGGAUAUAUGUCAAACAACUUGCUGUGAAAAAAGAGGUAAGUCUAUCAAAACUCACUUUUCCAAAAUUAUUACCCCCACCAGCGAUAUAUAUAUAUAUAUAUAUAUGUUUGCUUAUGCAACAGGUUCGUUCCACAUAGGAAAGCAAAUUAUACAAUGCUUUAAGCAUGUAAAAGUAUCUUUUUACAAAUUAAAAAGGGUACAAAACAUAUACAUUAAAAAAAUUAAUUUCAAUUCGGAUUAACACUGAUAAUCUGGCUAAUAGUUUGCAUAUGAUUUGUAAUAAACUGGUCAUGAAAACUGUUAGUCCAUUGUGUAAGAAGACAACAUGUGAUUGGCUGUAUUUUUGAAUAUUUUCCGAGUGAUAGUAUGUUGUGAUGAAAGCAGUUUAAUAUGGCAUCUUUCUCACAAAAAUCAGACAUAGUGGGACUGCUUAGGCUGCUGUAAAACAAAGUCAUCGUACAGAGAUGGCAAAUAGAAAGUCUGCGACACAGCAGUUCAGUAGUGUGAAAGUCGUGUGAAGCUUCGAUUAUCAUAUCAGUAAUUGCAAGAACUUAAGGAAGCUGCUGCCACUGAAAUGGCAAUUCUUCACUUGAUAGCAACAGUUGCUUUCAAUAUCAGCUGUAAUUUUUUACAUAAUAAGAGAGCAAACUUCUGUUGGCAUUCGGUCACCAUCUUGAAAAACCCAAAUUGAUUCCAAGGGAUAAGUUUUGAAAACCGGAGUUAUAUGAUAUUCUAUAAAAAUUGACUGCUCAUGUUUUACUGAUUUCUGGGAAUGCAGCGAAGUUCCUCCUAAAAUGUGGACAAAGCAUUUUUUUUUUGUAAUAAACCUGCCAUUAAAACUGUUAAUAGAUUAUGUAAGCAGACAAAAUGUGUUUGCCUAUGUUUUUGAAUAUCUUCCCAGCUACAGUUUUCAAUAUGUUUUAGGGAGCUAAAUGGCAUAUGAAAACAUUUUAAUCUGGUAUCAUUCUCACAAAAAUGCGCUUUAGUAGGACUGCAUAGGUUGGUGUCAAACAAGAUCAUCGUAUAGAGAUGACAAAUAGAAACUCCGUCAGACAACAGUUCAGCAGUGCGACAUUGCACUGAUCGCUGAAGGUAGUGUGAAGCUUCAAUUCAUGUUUGCACAUAUCAGUAACUGCAGGAACUUCAGGGACCUGCUGCCACCUUAGUGGAAUUUCUUCACUUGACUGCAGCAGUUGCUGUGAAUAUCGGCAAUAUUUUUUUCGGACGUCAUCUUAAAAAAACGCAAAUUACUGUAGUGGAUAAGUCUUGAAAAAGAGUUGUACACGAAAAAAAUAUCUAUCUCUUUUAUUCAAACUCUGGUAAAUUGCUUUUAAGACAGUUUUGUGAUAUUUGUUAAAAAUUGACUGCUCAUGUUUACUGAUUUCUGGGAAUGAAGCUAGGUUCUUCUUAAAAUGUGGACAAUGUAUUUUUGGCGCCUCAAAGACAGCUCCCAGCUUUGAUGGAGUUUGUUUCAAGAUCAACGGAUCAGAUUAGCAAUUCUAGCGCACGAUAAUUCUCCAUAAUGCAGCGGCAUGCGCUCAGAAGUCAAUUAGUCGCAGAAACGAUGGCGAGAAAAAAUGCGCAACAUUCUCUGCAAUCAUCUUGAUGGUUGAGACAUUUUUUAAGUAACGAUGGACAGUAAAUUUAAUAAUAAUUAUGAAGUAUGUGACUGAUUUGAUGACCAGUUUAGAUAUUCUCAUAAAAGUUAUCAGGAAUUACAUACUUGAAUUCUAACUAGAAUAUGCAUAUUUAAUAUUUAAGUGGAUACAUAUUUGGGUACCUUUACUGACAAAGCAUAGUUAUCUCUCUGGUUAGAGUUCAACAUCUAAAUAGUUUAUGGAUAUAUGUUUCUAGAUACAACACUUACAUUUCAGUAAUAUUACUUAUCGUAGUUUCAUAGUCAUUGAAAGUUUCGUUUAUAGAUUAAGUUUGACGUAUUUUGUACUAUGCAAAAUGUUGAGGGCACAGAAACGUUGUUGCUUUGUAUAAAGACGGCUUAUAAAUAAAGAUUGGUCGGUAUUGAAAUGAAAUAUAAGCUGUUAGAGAUUAAGAUGACAUCGCCAAAAUAUUUGAGGUGGCUUCCCACAGUGGCCAGGAAUUGUGCUAAGCUCUAGGGGAACAACAUAAUUUUUUAGUGUGUCUUGGCUAGCCACGGUGCAAAUAUAGCAGUAGCAGAAGGUAUAUUAAAAUUAUUGAUCCUUUAUUCGACUAUUAUGAGAAUAUCUGCUACAUUCCUGUUUUCCCGCUUUUGUGUUAAAGACAAAGUAUUGAUAUGUAGGUAUAUUAAAUUAACAUGGACAAAACAUGCGACAAACAACUAAUUUUAAAAAUGCAAGCU